AUGGCUACCACGGAGGAUAACGUGACAAAAAUCCAUGAUCUCGUAUUAGCAGACCGCCGAUUAAAGAUGUGCGAGAUAGCUGAAACUGUAGGCAUCUCAAAAGACCGCGUGGGUCAUAUCCUGCAUAAAAUUUUGGGCAUGAGAAAGCUGUCGGCGCGAUGGGUGCCGCGUAUGCUUACUCCGGACAACAAGCGCAACCAGACCAAGAAGCAGUCGAAACAGUGGACUUCACCUGGCGAACGUGCUCCGAAGAAGGUGAAGAUUGUCCUAUCGGCCGGAAAAGUGAUAGCCACCGUUUUCUGGGAUUCACAAGGUGUGAUCUACAUCGACUACCUGGAGAAAGGCAAAACGGGCACAGGGCUCUACUAUGCCGAAUUAUUGGGCCAAUUCGACGCCGAAUUGCAGAAAAAACGGCCCCAUUUGGCGAAGAAAAAAGUGCUCUUCCAUCAUGACAACACACCAGCUCACACCUCCGCUAUCGCCACGGCCAAAUUGCAAUUAGUAUCCCUGGUGCCUGAAGAAGAAUCUGAGAGGGAUGCAAACGAGGAGUUAGAAUUUGACGAACGAUAUGUCACUUUAAAGUCGAUGCUGGUACAUUACAUGGAGCGGCUUAAUCCAUCAUUGCCUGCUUCGAGUUCGGAUACUGAGGGUCGUUCGGUGGAUUCAUUGGCGGCGAUUCUAGAACAGCAAACCGCGCUCCUUGAGCGGUUAUCGGAGCGAUCGAGUGAGGCGGGCGGCGAUGUGUUAUCACAAUUGUUAGCACAGCAGACUCAGGUGUUGGAAAGAGUAAGUGUACAGUCAGGAGCAUCGCGGGAGCCUCAUGUCAAGCUGCCGAUCAUCAGAUUGCCCACAUUCAGCGGGAACAUUGAAGACUGGAAGAGAUACUCAGACACGUUUAAAACAUUAAUACACGACAGUGAAUUAUCGAGCGUACAAAAGCACCAGUAUUUAGUUGGAUCUUUAAGCGGUCCAGCAGCACGAAUAAUAGAAUCGAUUGAGAUCUUGGAACAGAAUUAUGCGAUUGCUUGGGAGCUACUAAAGGGGCGGUACGAGGACGAGAGAGCCAUUAAAAAGCGACACAUCCAGUGCCUGUUUGAGAUGCCGCGGGUGCAUCGAGAAUCCUCUGGCGCAAUUCAGAGUCUCGUGGAUCACGUUCAAAAACAUUUGAGAAUUUUGCAGUCGAUGAAACUUCCCACGGAGUCCUGGGGAGAGCUCAUAAUCUUUCUGAUUGAAAGAAAUCUGGAUAACGUCACGAGAAAGUCUUGGGAAGAACAUAUUGAACAACAGGAAAAUAUACCAACUAGUGUUAUCCUGGAUUUUCUACAGCGUCGAUGCCAAGUACUAGAGCGGGCAUCCUUGACCGGAGACUCGAGAGACCACGUCGAUAAAUCAAGGACGGACUCAAAGCAGGACGGAAAACGACAACAGCCGUGUUCAAAUCUGCGGAACAAAACAUCGCUAUCCACAACGGCAGAAGCAGGAGGCUUUUCGGCUGGGGCGAGAGGAGGAUCGGCCGCGGCGGAGGAGAAGUCAUCAGGGACCGAGGCGUCAGGAACGUCGAGCGGCGGUUCGGUGUAUCACGUGGCAGGUGAACUCAAGCGUAGGCAGGUCUUGAUGUCCACGGCAAUUGUAAGGGGAGCGGACGGUGGCAAUUAUCAAUUAAGAGUGCUGUUAGAUAGCGCGAGUGAAAUAAAUUUUGUAACUUUGGCAGCAUGUAGGAAAUUGGGAGUCAAACUAGACGACGUUCAUCAAAAUAUAAAUGGUUUGAAUAAUAUGAACUGCAUCAUAAGACAUAGCUGUCAAUUGCAAGUAAAGUCACGCGUAUCGGAAUUCGAAUUAAAUUUGCAAUGCUUGGUAGUUCCGAGAAUAGUAGGGGAAUUACCGCCCUUUACCAUUGAGAUCUCAAAAUUGGCAAUUCCGGGGAAUUUGAAAUUGGCAGACCCAAUUUUUUACAAUCCUGGUAGAAUCGACGCGCUAAUCGGCAGUGAGUUCUUUCUGCAAUUAUUGCAGGCCGGGAGGAUUGAGCUCGGCGAAAAUUUGCCGACGCUGCAAAAUAGUAAGCUCGGCUGGGUGAUAGCGGGUUCGAUUCCGAGUCAUUUAAUCGCGAGUCGAUCGACGAACCGUCCAUAUUCGAAUGCUCAUACAUGUUUAUUUGUAAGACAAGAUUCUAUUUACAACGAAUUAGCAAGGUUUUGGGAAUUGGAGGAAUACGAAAUGAAGGACAAUACAAGGUUGUCAACAGAGGAUCAGGCAUGCGAAGACUACUUUGUAAAUACGGUAACGCGAAAUAUUUCGGGACGGUUUGUCGUUCGACUGCCUUUCCGAGGAAACAAGGCACAGUUGGGCGAAUCUCGACAAAUAGCAGAAAAACGGCUAAACUAUUUAGAACGGAAAUUUCAGCGCGACCCUGAAUUCCACGCGCGGUAUUCGGAAUUUAUGCGGGAAUACAUUCGUCUAAACCACAUGUCGCAAGUCGACAAAGAUGACGAUACGAAAUUUGCGGUGUAUUUACCUCAUCAUGGUGUCAUUCGGGAGUCAAGCACCACCACCAAAUUACGCGUGGUAUUCGACGGGUCUGCGAAAACUGCAUCGGGAGUUAGUUUAAAUGAUACAUUGAUGGUGGGAGCAGGUUGGCAGGAUAAUAUUAUCGACUUACUUUUGCGAUUUAGAUUGCAUGCCAUAGCGAUUACAGCGGAUCUCAAAAAAAUGUACAGGCAGGUUAUAGUACACGAACAGGAUCGAAAUUAUCAGCGGAUCCUCUGGCGAUUCUCUUCAAGCGAUUCGAUACAGGAGUAUAAUUUAAACACCGUAACAUACGGAUUAGCGUGCGCACCAUUUUUAGCUAUACGCUGCGUCAGACAAUUAGCGAUCGAUUCGAGCAGUCAAUUCGGCGAGGCAUCAAGAGUCUUGCUGAAUGAUUUGUAUGUCGAUGAUAUCUUGACUGAUGUCAGUUGUGAAUUUGAAGCAACCAGGUUAAUUUCGCAGUUAAAGACACUGUUGAACGGCAGCGGCUUCGAACUUCACAAGUGGUAUUCGAAUUGUGAUGAAGUCAUGAAUGAAUUGAGGCCGACCGACCGGGUCCGGGAAUCGUCAUCGAUCGCGAUCAACGUAGACGCAGUAAAAACCUUAGGAUUAAAUUGGCACUACAGGCGGGAUAUAUUCCAGUUCACUGUUCAACCAAUUAGCGAUUCCAUUAAAACGAAACGUCAAGUAUUGUCAACUAUUUCACAAUUGUUCGAUCCUUUAGGAUUAAUAAGCCCUAUAUUAAUUCGCGCAAAACUGAUUAUGCAGGGAACGUGGUCCGCGAAUUUGAAGUGGGAUGAUCCACUGACCGGCGAACUUCAGAGGGCGUGGAGGGAGUACGUGAAUGAUUUGAGAGAGAUACAUUCGAUUAAGAUCCCGCGUCGAAUAGUUCCCGGCUCCGCAACUCGUUUGAAUAUGCAUGCAUUUUGUGACGCGUCAAUGAAAGCAUAUGGUGCAUGCAUCUAUUUGCAGACUAUUGACAGUAACGGCCAUUGCAAUUACAGAUUGGUUUGUUCAAAGUCGCGUGUGGCUCCUGUUAAAAGUAAAACCGUCACACUGCCAAAGCUGGAGUUAUGUGGAGCUGUAGUUUUGGUCCGCUUAAUUAAAAAUGUAAAGAAAGCCCUUGGAGUUGAAUUGGACAAUAUCUAUGCGUGGAGUGAUUCCACGAUAACGUUAGCGUGGAUUUCCGGCGAUCCGUCACGGCAAAAGGUAUUUGUAUCGAAUCGAGUGGUCGAGAUCCAAUCCUUGCUUUCCGCUGACCAUUGGCGUCAUGUUAAAAGCGCUGACAAUCCGGCCGACUUGAUCUCGCGCGGUACAAGUCUGUAUGACUUAAAACAGUGCAGACUCUGGUGGGAGGGCCCUGAGUGGCUGUCUCGGAUCAAUGAGUAUUCACAGGAUGGAGCGCGAUUGACAACUCUGUCGCAGAUUGAGUCGGAGAUCAUUAGGUCUGAGGAGCGCUCGGAGUCUCGGGUUUUUUUGAAUGUUGAUGGUUUGAAUCGGACGGUGGAUGCAUUGAUCAACAAGUGUUCGUCGCUGUCAAGAGUGGAACGUAUUGUGGCGUAG